GUUUUAUCAUAUAAGCGUUCUUUUAUUUUCUAAUUACCCAAAACACCAUGAAAUUUACCACUCUGAUUACUAUUGUUGUGGCCGCUUGCUAUCCUACGCUCGGUGCUGUAGCUGCUCCUGUGACAGCCGAUCAGCCUGAUAAUACCACCCUCAAAGUCAGCAGCCCUUCCGCAAACAGCACACUGCAGCCUGGGCGCAAUCACGUCAUUGCUUGGUCCCAGCUUCAGGACAACUCGCCUAUUGCAAUUUCGCUUGUUUUUGGCGAUCGUCCUCAAGACACAAAAGCAGAGAUCGUUGAUGGACUCAAAGGAUCUUUGGGCGCCUAUUUCUGGACAGUGCCCGACAAUUUGAAAGACUCUUCUUCAGCAACAUGGAAAAUUGCGAUCCGUUACCAUGACACCCAGAUAUCUUAUUCCGGGGCGUUUUUCAUUUCCAAUACUUCUCAUGGUUCUCCCUCGGUGAACGAUAAUCCCACACCAUCAGCCGCGAAUCAGUUGGCCGGUACCACCGCCACAGCCAGCAUUGAUAUUGUUUCCCCCGAUGGUAAAACCAUGAAUGACCAAAAUCUCGCUCUCUCAAAUCAUCACGUUCCUCUCCGCCUUGUGUUUGGUACUUUGCUUUUGUCCAUGAUGGCGCUAUUAUAAAUGGCAUGGUUGCUAUCGUUUGAUACCCAUUUUCAUUUUGCUUGUCUAUUUUGAUCCAUCAUCCAUUCCCCGAAUGUUUUUUUU